AUGUCUCUCUCUCGCCACAGGCGUUGUGCUGAUGGAGAUAUCCGAGGUCCACAGGAAAGUUCACCUUGAGCUAGAGGAGAAUUUUAAGAGGUUUCACAGCGAGAUAAUAGCUGAAUUGGAGAGGAAGACAGACAUGGAUGUAAAAUACAUGACAGCCACCUUUAAGAGGUACCAGACAGAGCACAAGAUGAAGCAGGACUCUCUGGAGAGGUCGCAGUCUGACCUGAAGAAACUCAGGAGGAAGAGCCAGGGCAAGAACACCAACAAGUACGAAAACAAGGAGAGUGAGGUGAGGACUGCCCCACACAUUUGAGUAAUUUAACUGAUG